AUGGAGCAAUCGUGGGAGAAGAGCCUUGGAUGGUAUAGAGGAUUCAUUCUAAAGAAUCCUAAUGUUAAGGGGAUCUUCCCAUCCAGUUAUAUCCACCUGAAGAAUGCCGUGGUGAAGAACAAAGGGCAAUUUGAGACAGUAAUUCCCAUCGAGGACUCAGUCAUCACAGAGAUGACGUCGACACUGCGGGAGUGGGGAGCCAUGUGGAAGCAGCUCUAUGUGAAGAAUGAAGGAGAUUUAUUCCAUCGGCUCUGGCAUGUGAUGAAUGAAAUCUUGGACCUGAGGAGGCAGGUACUGGUCGGCCACCUCACUCACGACCGGAUGAAGGACGUCAAACAGCACAUCACGGCGAGAUUGGACUGGGGUAACGAACAACUUGGCUUGGACCUGGUGCCCCGGCGGGAGUUCAGCAUGGUGGACCCAGAUGAAAUCAGCGUAACAGAACUUUAUAGACUGAUGGAACACCGGCAUCGUAAGAAGGAGACUGCUACGCCUGCGAGCACACAUCACUUAUUUGUUCAUGUGAAAAGCCUGAUGAGUGCCAAUCUGGGGGAGGAACUGGAAGUCUUCUUUCACAUUUAUGAUGGGCGGGAGAAUCGGCCUCUCAGUGAACGCUUCUUUGUCAGGCUGAAUAAGAGCGGAUUGCCCAAGUGGCCGGAAAAGACCGAAAGGCAAUGCACGCUGUUUGUGGAUUUGGGAAGCAGUGAUCUACGAAAAGAUGUCUACAUUGUUGCACACAUCAUAAGAAUUGGGAGGAUGGGAGCAGGAGAGAAGAAGAACACAUGCAGUGUGCAGUACAGGCGGCCGUUCGGCUGCGCUGUCGUCAGCAUUGCUGAUCUCCUCACUGCUGACUCCAAGGAUGACCAUUUGCUCAAGGUUUAUGCAUGCAACACAGAGAUUGAGUGGUACCAGAUUCAUGAGAACAUCAUUAAAAAGGCCAAUUCCAGGUACAACUUGUCUGGAUCCAACACCGGUCUGUCGGUGGCUCUACAGCUUCUCCAUGGAGACAUAGACCAACUAAGGCGAGAGUACAUGGGCCUCUUCACCCGUGGGGUGUGCAUAACCAGGAAGCUGGGCUUCUCUGACAUCAUCAUGCCAGGGGAGAUGAGGAAUGACCUCUACAUGACGCUGGAGAAGGGAGAGUUUGAGAAGGGUGGGAAGAGCGUUGCUCGUAAUGUGGAGAUCACGGUGUACGUCCUGGAUGCUGAUGGACAAAUCCUCAAGGGUUAUGUGGCUGCCGGCUCCGGUGAACCAGGCACAGAUGACUACCACUCUCUGGUGCUGUACCACAACAACAGCCCCCGCUGGGCGGAGCAGAUCAAGCUGCCCAUCCCAGUUGACAUGUUCCGAGGGUCUCAUGUCCGCUUCGAAUUUCGGCAUUGCUCCACUAAAGACAAGGGAGAGAAGAAACUGUUUGGCUACUCCUUUGUUCCUCUGAUGCAGGAAGAUGGCAGGACUCUGCCAGAUGGCACCCAUGAGCUCAUUAUCCACAAGUGUGAGGAGAACACCAGCUUUGCGGACUGUACCCGCUACCUAAAGUUGCCGUUCUCCAAAGUCAAUCUUCCUUCAAACAAUCAGACACUGAAAGGCACCAAAGAGUCUUUCUGGAUCACCAGCUUCCUCUGCUCCACCAAGCUCACACAGAACGGUGACAUGCUGGACCUGUUGAAGUGGCGAGCCCACCCCGAGAGGAUCAAUGACAGCCUAACGAAACUGAAAGAGAUAGACGGGUCUGAGAUUGUCAAAUUUCUUCAGGACACCUUAGACACCCUCUUUGGCAUUCUGGAUGAAAGCUCUCAGAGAUACAGCCUCAAGGUGUUUGAUUCACUCGUUCAUAUCAUCAACCUCCUUCAGGACAGUAAAUUCCAGCACUUCAAACCAGUCAUGGACACCUACAUUGAGAGUCAUUUUGCUGGAGCUUUGUCCUACAGGGACCUGAUCAAAGUCCUGAAAUGGUACGUGGAUCGCAUUAUUGACGCCGAACACCAGGAUCACAUACAGCAGGUCCUCAAGGCCAGCGAUUACAUCUUCAAGUACAUUAUUCAGUCUCGCCGGCUCUUCUCUUUGGCCACUGGAGGUCAGAAUGAGGAGGAGUUCAGAGUCUGCAUCCAUGAACUCUUCAUGUCCAUCUGCUUCUUCCUCUCGCAGGAGAACAAAGGCAUCAGUCCAGUUGCUCAGACGCAGGCGGUGUUCCUGCGAACGUUCCCGGCCAUUUACAGCGAGCUGCUGAAGUUCUUCACUGUUCGAGAGGUGGCCGGUUUCGUCCGGGAGACACUGGGUAGUCUGCCCAACGUAGUCCAAGCAGACAGUCCCCUGGAGCCUGUCAAACUGCAGUGCAUUUCCAAGACAGUGGAAAGCCAGCUUUACAUUAACCCAGAGUCCCGGUGCAUCCUGCUACCCGUCGUGCUCCGAGUGCUUCACACCUGCCUACAGGAUCAGAGAGAUCUGGUCAUGUGUGCACGCAUCUUCACCAGCAUGCUGUCCCUCAUUAAGAAGGAGGAAAGCGGAACUGUGGAGCCUGCUGUGUCGGAGGAAGUGGAGCUCAUAGUGGAAAGUCUCCUGGGAGUAUUACUGAGAACUAUCCUGGAAAUCAGCAACCGGCCCCAACCUGCAGGACCCGCCAUGAGACUGCAGUUUCAGGAUGUCACUGGUGAGUUUGUGGCGUGUUUGUUGGCGCUCCUGCGACACAUGAGUGACAAACACUAUCAGAAGCUGCUGCAGGCAUUCAGCAGCAAAGACGACCUGAGGGACUUCCUGCUUCAUAUCUUCACAGUCUUCAGAAUCCUAAUAAGACCCGAAAUGUUUCCCAAAGACUGGACGGUGAUGCGACUCGUCACAAACAACGUCAUCAUCACAACCGUCCUCUACCUUUCAGAUGCGCUGAGGAAAAACUUCCUCAAUGACAAGUUUGAUUAUAAGGUUUGGGACUCGUAUUUCUACCUGUCUGUCAUAUUCAUCAACCAGCCCUGUCUUCAGCUUGAAUCCUUCUCGCCAUCCAAGAGGAAGAAGAUUCUGGAGAAAUACGGAGACAUGCGUGUAAUGAUGGGCUGUGAGAUCUUCAGCAUGUGGCAGAAUUUAGGGGAACACAAGUUGAACUUUAUCCCGGCCAUGAUUGGGCCGUUCCUGGAAGUGACCCUGGUCCCUCAACCUGAUCUAAGGAAUGUCAUGAUCCCAAUCUUCCAUGACAUGAUGGACUGGGAGCAGAGGCGCAGCGGCAAUUUUAAACAGGUGGAGGCCAAGCUGAUUGAUAAACUGGACAGUCUGAUGUCUGAGGGUAAAGGAGACGAAACGUACAGGGAGCUCUUCAACAGCAUAAUUCCUCUGUUUGGUCCGUACCCUAGCCUGCUGAAGAAGAUUGAGAGGGAGACGUGGAGGGAGAGCGGGAUCUCUCUGAUUGCAACCGUCACUCGUCUGAUGGAAAGGCUGCUGGACUACAGGGAUUGUAUGAAGUUGGGGGAAGUUGAUGGUAAAAAGAUUGGUUGCACUGUCAGCUUACUGAACUUCUACAAAACUGAACUCAACAAGGAGGAAAUGUACAUCCGCUACAUCCACAAACUAUAUGAACUCCACCUAAAAGCUCAAAACUACACAGAGGCUUCCUACACCCUGCUGCUUUAUGACGAGUUACUUGAGUGGUCAGACAGGCCGCUCAGAGAGUUCCUUAACUACCCCAUGCAGAGUGAGUGGCAGAGAAAGGAGUUCCUGCAUCUCACCAUCAUUCAGAACUUCGACAGGGGAAAGUGUUGGGAGAAUGGCAUCAUCCUGUGCAGGGAGCUUGCAGAUCAAUACGAGUCGUACUACGACUAUAGGAACUUGAGCAAAAUGAGGAUGAGGGAAGCAUCCCUGUAUGACAAAAUAAUGGACCAGCAAAGAUUAGAGCCGGAAUUCUUCAGAGUUGGCUUCUAUGGAAAGAAGUUCCCUUUCUUCUUACGGAAUAAAGAGUUUGUGUGUCGCGGCCAUGACUACGAGAGGCUGGAGGCUUUCCAGCAGCGGAUGCUCAAUGAGUUUCCCCACGCCAUCGCCAUGCAGCACGUCAACCAGCCGGACCAGACCAUAUACCAGGCUGAUGCACAGUACCUGCAAAUAUACGCUGUAACUCCCAUUCCAGAGAGCCAAGACGUGCUACAGCGAGACGGGGUGCCGGACAACAUCAAAAGCUUCUACAAGUUUAAUCACAUCUGGAGGUUCAGAUACGACCGGCCUUUUCACAAGGGCACCAAAGACAAGGAGAACGAGUUUAAGAGCCUGUGGGUGGAGAGAACUACCCUGACUUUGGUUCAGAGUCUCCCAGGCAUUUCCCGCUGGUUUGAAGUCGAGAAGAGGGAGCUGGUGGAGGUGAGCCCGUUGGAGAACGCCAUCGAGGUGAUAGAGAACAAGAACCUGCAGUUGCGCACGCUGAUUGCCCAGUGUCAGAGCCGGCAGAUGCAAAACAUCAACCCCCUCACUAUGUGCCUGAACGGGGUCAUCGACGCCGCUGUCAACGGAGGCUUGGCCCGCUACCAAGAGGCUUUUUUCGUGAAGGACUACAUCAUGAAUCAUCCGGAGGAUGGAGACAAGAUUGGUCGACUGAGAGAGCUCAUGUUUGAACAGGCCAGCAUCUUGGAAUACGGCCUAGCUGUGCAUGAGAAGUAUGUUCCCCAAGACAUGAGACCCCUUCAUAAGAAGCUGGUGGACCAGUUCCAUCUCAUGAAAUCCAGUCUGGGCAUACAGGAGUUCCCAGCUUAUGUACGGGCAAGCCCCGUGCCCUUCACCAAUGGGAGCCCACGGACUUACAGGAACUCUGUGCCAAGUAUCAUCAGCCCGGACGCGGGCAGAGGGGUAUCAAGGCGGAGCUACCCUGCAGUGAACCGUUACUCCUCGUCCUCCCUUUCAUCUCAAGCCUCCAACGAAGUCAGUAACAUCACCGGGCAGUCGGAGAGCUCAGAUGAAGUCUUUAACAUGCAGCCCAGUCCAUCUACCUCGAGUUUAAGCUCCAACCAUUCUGCCUCCCCGAAUGUCACCAGCUCAGCCCCUUCCAGUGCCAGAGGUUCGCCUCAAAUGGCAGAGAAACACAAGCAUUCCAGAGAAAAUGCCUGCUUAUCUCCGAGAGAGAGACCGGUCAGUGCCAUCUUCCCCAACCCCCAUGAUCCUGUACAGCGAGCUCCUACUCACCAGAUAGGAGACACAACUCUACCCAGGAGUGACCCCAACCUCUCUGCACCAGAUAAAGUUUCCUUGGCUAAAAACGCAAGGUCGCAGUCCCCAGGUCCGAUGUCCAGAUCGCCGCAAAAGACCACCAUGCCACCCUUCACUCCUUCUCCCACUGAGUGCCAGUCCACCAGCUUGGUCUCCAACUCCCCAGUGCUAUCUGGCAGCUACAGCAGUGGCAUCUCCUCCCUGAGCCGCUGCAGCGUGUCGGAGGCCUCCGGCACUGAGCUGCCCGCCGGCGACCACCCACCCCACCCUUUGCCACCGCCAACUCCCCUUCCAAACUCCAUCUCCAGCAGCUCAGAUGAGCCCAUCCGCAGAGAGAAUAAGACCCCUCCUCCCUACAGUGUGUAUGAGAGAAACAACCCCCGGCGCCCCGUGCCGCUUCCUCACAGCCUCUCCAUCCCACCCCAGACAGACCCCCCAGCCCUGCCGCCAAAACCUCACCAGCUCCGAACAGGCAGCAUGAAGCUGGACGGGAAUGCUGAUCCUCGGGUGCCCAGACCAAGACCUCUUCCCAGGAAGGUGUCCCAACUAUAGGUGUCUGUUUUUGGUAAAAUAAUACAACACACUGGCGUAUUUUGCACUUUUCUACUAGGCACUCACUUUUUAUGCGAUUCACAGUUUGGCACUCCAGAAGCUCCAACAACAGAGGCAGACUUACCGUCUAACAGUCAGUUGGAAACUAACAAGACCGUAAAAAUACCAGAUAGAGUUUAGCUCUGCAUUUACAAGAGGCUUUGACAUUGACUUUAACCAGUCAGUCAUAAUAUAUGUUUACCCAAACAUUCUAGAAAUAAAACACAAUUUUGAUAGAAAUAAUUUCAGAUGUAUGUAUAUUGGUAUAAAUGAGUUUUUUUGCCUUAAGUAUUGGAAACGGAGUGUUUAUCUGUGAGUCUUGCACGUUUUUUUUUAUUAUUUGUUAAUUUCUUUUUAAAUAACUCAGUAUAUUUGUAUACUGUUUGGCGAAAAAGAAAAAAGGUGCUAGAGGCCUCAAAUAUGCAUUUCACUGAAGUGUAGAAGACAAGGGUGUGUUCUCAUUGUUACAUCCUCAGAAGUGAGGGUAUAGAUACUUUUUAAAGGAGCUUUUACUUUAACUGAUUUCAUUUUAGAGCUGUUUUUAAAAAAUGCAUUUGUGUCUUACGUUUCUUGCAAUAGUUGGAACAAAAUGGGGGCCAGUUUGAGAUCGUCAGGAUUUCGAUUAAUACCACUGUUUUAGGGUGUUGCCAUAUUUUCAAAAUUUGUAUUUAAGGAAUAAAUAGAAAACUGUUGACUUGUCACUUAACUGCAGGUACAGUAUUGGCAAAAAUUGUUUGAAACUCUAAGCCUUAAUGAUCUUAGGAGGCCAUGAUAGUGGUAACCAGCCCUUGCCUAGUUGUGACCAAUUGAGUCAUUUUUCUAUAAUAUUGCAAAACAUCUAAUAAAGACAAACGUAACAAAUUUUAGGCUUCUUUAACAUCUCAUCUUAAGUUUCUACACGUCACUUUACUAACCAACACACUGAGCUUCUUUCUUUGAAUUCAGUUAAGUCAUGAAGCUUGACCAAUGCAUGCACUUCUAUAUGCUGCUCUAAAAAAUAAAGGGAACAAGUAAACAGCACAACAUAGCUUCAAUUAAAUCAAACUUCUGUGAAAUCCAACUGUCGACUUAGAAAGCAACCCUGAUUGACAAUCAAUUUCACAUGUUGCUGUGCAAAUGGAAUAGAAAACAGGUGGCGGCAGCAGGGUCACUACCUCUGACUUUGUGCCAGGCGGAACAGGAGGAGCACUGCCAGAGCCCUGCAAAAUGACCUCCAUCAGGCCACAAAUGUGAAUGUGUCUGAAUAAACUAUUAGAAACCGACUACAUGAAGUUGGCAUGAGGGCCCAAAAGCCACAGGGGGUUGUGCUCAUAGCCCAACACUGUGCAGGACACCGUGGCAUUUGCCAGAGAACACCGAGAUUGACAAAUUCGCCACUGGCGCCCUCUACUUUUCACAGAUGAAAGCAGGUUCACAGUGACCACACUGAAGACACCGUGGAGAGCAAACUGCUGCUUGCACCAUCUUUUAGCAUGACCUGUUAGGCAAUGGGUCAGUUAUGGUGUGGAGGGUCACACAGUCCUCCCUGUGAUCGCCAGAGGUAGCAUGACUGCCAUUAGGCACAGGGGUGAUAUUCUCAAAGCCCUUGUAAAACCACAUGCUGGUGCAGUUGGCCUUGGGUUCCUCCUAAUGCAGAAGAAUGCUAGAACUCAUGUGGAUGGAGUGAGUCAUAGCUCCUGCAAGAUGAAGGCAUUCCUCAGACCUAAAUCCGAUUGAGCCCACCCGGGAACAUCGUGUCUUGAUCCAUCUACCAAUGUGAUGUUGCACAACAGACUGUCUAGGAGUUGAUGCUUUAGUCAAGGUGUGGGACAAGACCCCAAAAGGCGGGCAUACACUGUACAAUAUUGUCAAUCUUUGUACUCAGCUAUAGCCCCAUUUAAACUACCCUCUAAAAACUGAUCUGUACCAAGUUCAGACCGAACUUGGAUUAGUUAACUGUGCCAAGCUUGGUUCCUUGUGAUCGUUUACACAUCAUGCUAGCAAAGUUCCUUGCCUCCUAGUGGCGUUCCAUGGUACUAAUACUCUCUAGAGGUAAACAAGCAAAUCAACAUGAAAGCGCCCGUAACAUUCAGGAAGUUUAUUAUAAUAGUGAUAUUUCCUUGUUUGCAGAGAGAAGGUGAUGAAGUCAGCCUUUGGUGAAUUUACUUGAGAGUCAGAGCUUUUGGGAAGUGGAUAUGUCAAGCAACAGUCUAAUCAGGGCUUACAGACCCAGGAAACAAUGACAGACGUUGACGUUGAGGUUCAUCACCCUGCU